AUGGAACUGCCACAACAGAGACACCAUUUUAUUCCUCGAUUUAUAUUAAAGCGGUUCGCACCCGAAGACCAGCCGCCAGCAGGGCCACUGCUUGACUACAGCAGCAAAAAUGCUGGGGAAAGAAAGAAACGCAGAAAUCGUCGGGAUUUCCUGGUGAACAAGGUUGAUUUUGAGAAGUCUCUUCUCACUCAGCGACCUGUGUCAACGGAAUUUGCUCUUUUGGACAUGUAUCGAGAUAUUGGGGUUGACCAAGAUCCAUAUUAUCUCGAGAAAAAGCUUUCAAAUCUUGAAAAUGAUGCAAGUAGUCUACUUCAACGUGCAUGUAGCCAAUUCGCUCAAGGGCUGAUUCUCAAACUCAAACGGACCGAACUUGACAACUUACGAAAGUUCCUUUUUCUCAUGAAGUAUCGAAAUUCGGGAAUGUUCGACAGGUAUAAUCAUGAUCAUAUUGACGGCUACCAGGCGGAUGACCGGGAAAGAAUGAUGGAUUAUAUGAGAUCAAACGGGCUUGCGAAACCACUUGAUGUAUGGCUCAACAACUUGCGACAAUUCUUGGAUCUUGAAAUGGAUCCCGCGAAUAAUUGGAUAGGAAUUCUUAAAUCGAAAGUAUAUCCAGACGACGCCGAGAUGAUGGUGUUUCAUCUCAAGCAUAGUUUCAUCGCUUUUUGCGAGCCGAUAUCUUCGGAUGAUGAGUUCCUUCUCACUCAAAAUGCUUACUGCAUUUUUGAAGGUCCGUCAACUGUGAGAACGAAUACUUUGACUCAAGAGACGAAAUCCGUCCUCUACACCGAAUACCACAACUUUGCUCCCAUAUCGCCUCGGCUCAUCAUUGUCCUACGGAGUCCCUUGCUCUCUGCGUACGAUCAAAAUGUUGAAAUGGCAGGCAAUUUGUGGGAUGAUCUAUCACGGGCAAUUCGAUCUCAACACCUCUACCCUGACAAAGCAGAUUCAAUCUUGCAUGACCUCCCCAUUAGCAGAUGCCAUACUGUAUAUGUACAGCAGCAUAUCACUUCAUCGGCCUCUUUUGAUGCCAACGACCAAUUUCACUUUCAAUGCUUCAAAAUUUCGUCAGGCCACGUGAAAACCAUCAACAGUCUCCUUCUGGAAGAAGCGAAUACCACCUCCUCACUCAUUUAUCAUUCAUGUACGUCGCUCAAAGCCAGCAUAGAGACUUAUCUUAGAGAUGAGACCUUUGGUAUGAAAAGUUACCCGAUCAAUCUACUCGAUAAGCGCCGACUGUAUUUGAUGACUCUUGAAAAGAUCGUGCGUGACCUCGGUGGUUCUACCAUCUGUGAAAUUCUACAUCGCAGUCCUGAUUUACAGUCUUCCGAAACGCAUAUGUCGGAAUUUGUUGCCUUCAGAGUUGCAAUUGAGCUUUUGCGAGCCGAGGAAGAAGAAUCGCCCAUCCCUCAAACGUUUUUCAAUGAUGUCUAUCAGGCCAGUCUUAUGCUGUUGCUGAGGAUCAAGAUGGAUACCCUCCUCAAUAAUUCGCGUCUCACUACCGAGGACAAGUAUUUCGUUAGAUUCUCCCGGCAAGCCUUCUUCAUGGAAUUUCCCGUUGAGAGAUUAUGGUUAUAUUUCAAGAUCGGACGAAACUUGAGCAAAUUUCAUCUUGAGGAUUUCACCAACCAGAUUGCAGAUCUUGAACUUUACGGGGCGGAGGACAAAUUCGCCAAAUGUAAGUAA